CGAGCGCAGCUGCUCCUGGUAAAGCAGUGGGGCGCCCCUCCCCGGGAGUUGGUACGUGCCGCUGUACCUGAGGGGAGCUCGGAAUAUCGCUGAGCGGAGGGAGAACAUGGAAGGGACCGGAAUUGCCGCCUUUAUCGGUUGCCUGUUCCUGCUUUCAGGAUCGGCCUAUGGAAUCCAAGUUACUGUGCAGAACCCUUUCAACGUGGUCAUUUUAUUCCAGCAAAUCACCUUAAAAUGCAACUACCAAACCUCCUCCACGCAGCCGCCAAUCGUCGUCUGGAAAUACAAGUCGUUCUGUCGGGAUCGUCUGACGGACGCGCUCAAUCCAACGAGCCAAGAUUCCCAGAUCAAUAGCCAACUCCAGCAGAAUAAUCCCGGCUACAACCCUUACGUGGAAUGUCAGGACAGUUCCAGGACUGUGAGGAUCGUGGCCACCAAGCAAGGGAACACCGUCACUCUGGGGGACUUCUACCAAGGACGCAGAAUCACAAUAAGCAACACUGCAGAUCUGAGCAUUGAGCAGACAGCAUGGGGAGACAGCGGAGUGUAUUACUGCUCUGUUAUUUCCAAUCAGGAUCUCUUGGGGAACAACGAGGCCUACUCUGAGCUGUUGGUACUGGACUGGCUCUUCGUCGUUCUCAUGGUCCUUGGCGGAUUCUUUGUUUUUCUUCUCAUUGGAGUUUGCUGGUGCCAGUGCUGCCCACACACCUGCUGCUGUUACGUGCGCUGCCCGUGUUGCCCAGAGAAAUGCUGCUGCCCGCGAGCCUUGUAUGAAGCAGGAAAAGCUGCUACUGCUGGAGUCCCUAGUAUCUAUGCUCCCAGCGUCUAUGCCCCAUCAGUUUACUCCCACCCAAGUCAAGUGAAAAUGCCCCCUCCGGGUUCUGUGAUCCAAAUGGGACCAGUACCACCGAUAUACAAUGGAUAUGGAAUGGAUUAUGACGCAGCAAGUUCAGUGGGCGGACAUAGCUCUCAGGCACCCCUUAUUCGGGACAACGACGGCGUAAACUCUGUUCGGAGUGGCUACCGAAUUCAAGCCAACCAGCAGGACGAUUCCAUGAGAGUUCUUUAUUAUAUGGAGAAAGAACUGGCAAAUUUCGAUCCAUCGAGACCGGGAGAACCAAAUAACAGAUUUGAAAAAGCUUCAGCAAUGAGUGAGAUAAGCUCUCUGCAUGACGAUGAUCGCAGGAACAACCUGAGAAAUGAUUUGGGCCGCUUACGUAACCAGCCUAUGACGCCAAUCAGGGAUAUAGAAGAGGAAAGUCUGAUUGGAAGUGAAUACAGACGCCCCCCAUCCUCAAGACAAGACCCAUAUGAUGAUAGGUUCCGAGGUGGGGGUCCGCCUUUAGAAAGACGCGGUCGUGCUCGUUCUGUGGAUGACCUGGAUGAUAAUGACAGAAGAGAUCGAUAUGCAUAUCGUGAUCAGCCACCCGACAGUCGCAAUCGGAGAAGGCGCAACUCUGAUGAUGACGAUAGCAGUCGAGGCUACAGCAGAACCAAUCAAAGUCGCUCCCCUGACCCCCGAGAUGACUACUAUGGAGGAAGGAGGAGCCGAAGUAGAGACGAUCUGAGUGAGUUAGGCCAGCAUCACCGGGAUCAAGAGUACGAUGACCGCUUUCUGGAGGAUGUUCUGAGAAGGAAACAGCAGAGAGCAGGAAGUAGGGAUGGUCUGGACAAUCUUGGAAAGAACGGCCGCUCAGAUGGGAGAAGGAAUCGCAAUGAUGACAAUGAUUUUCCUCCUCCACCACCUCCAUACACUGAAACGGAGUCUCUGUCUUCUAGAGGGAAGAAGUUGAAACGGGGUGAAGCAUUAAGCCGAGAGAGUUUGGUCGUUUAAUUUACUCGGGGAACUGGACCAGUCGAAGAAUUGUAUCUAAAUCAUGAUAAUUUGGCUUUUUUUAUUUGUAUAUAUCACUCACAGACUUUUUAUUUCAUUUUUAUACGAGUGUCAUGUACAUUUUUACUCUUUGCAGCCAGCGAGCAACAUUAUCAUGUUGUAAUGAAUUGAACCAUCUGUUUAUUCUUAAAAGGGAACUAUUGCGACAAUGAAAAUUUAAAAUACGCUUCAGCAUACUGAAAUGAGAAGCUUUCUAAAUACAAUCAAUUAAAAAUUUUGUAUCUUUUAUCAAAUAAUCACGUUUAUCUUCACUAUAACUCUCUCGGCAUCUGUUUCUCUCCAUUCUGUCUUCAUGCAGCAGUUGGGUGUCAGAUAUUAAUUGACCGUUGGAUCCAAUAUAUCUUAUAGGGGGGCUCCUUUUGCCUAGAAGAUGUAUUAGAGGUCACUCUAUUAAAAUCACCAGACAUCAUGUCUCUCUACAUGCAGGAUUUGUGCAAAAGACAGUUAUUUUGUUAGAUUUUGUUUGUACUGGAAUCAGUUAUUCGAGUGAGCUCUAAUGCAUCAUUUUCGCGAUAGUUCCCCUUGAACCUUCAUGUAAAGUUUUUUUUUUUUUUAACUCAGAUUGUGAACACACUAUCUUAUCUUAAAAUAUAGUGAAUUGUGGGUAGUUUUCUGCCAUUACCCAAUCAUCUCUGAAUAGAGGAUAAGUUAUACACUUUUUUUUGUUUUUUCUUAAAAUGCUGUGUUUACUUGUAAAUAGUAGGUUUAUAUUUAGGUCUGUUAAUAAUAUUCUGGUUUCUGGUGUGCAUCACUGAGAUUCACCCCUCUGUUGCCUUAAAGAUCUAUGUGUGUGUAUCUGCAAUAGCCAGCUGGCCAAUGAAGCACUGACGGUUUAUAACCACUUGCCUUUAGCUAUUCCUUUGUAAUGACCCGUGGCUACCGGGUGGGGGAAGGGUUUAGCAUUAAAUAAUAAAAUUUUGAGCCAUGUGCUGUAUCAUCUGCUUAAAGGAGAACUAACUAAAGAAGUAGGUCGAAAUGUUGUACAUGAUGUUUUGUGCAAUUAGCAUCAGAAUUGAAUAAUCAGCAAACCUGUAGCAUCAGCUUAUAUUACAGCCAGGGAAGCUCAUUUUCUGCUGGAUAAUUAGUGACGAGCCCUAAGCUUAGCUUCUCAACAGCCAAUCAGAGCCCACUGAGCAUGUGAGUGUCACAGACACUUUCCAAGAUGGUGACCCCCUGUGACAAGUUUGAAGUCCUGGAUCAUUGCUGCUAUUGACAAGCUCAAACUUUAGCCUCGUGCAAUAAGUUAUAAAAGAUGCCAUUUCUAUCCACAUUCUUUUUUAGGACUUAGUUCUCCUUUAACUAUGUGCAGCCUUAGGUAGCGGCAACACUGUGCAGAUCAUGUAUAAGUGUAAUGCACUCUUCAUACCACGCAGUAUGCCAUUUUUUCUUGAUAAAACUGUAUAUUGAUAGAUUCUCCUGAAUGUCACUGUACUAUGAACCAAACUCUCUGUCUAUUGAAUAAAUGAAUUGUAAUUUGUA